CCGGGGGAGGGUCGGGAGACAUCUCCAGGGCCCCGGGGCUCUGCGGAGCUGAGAAGAGGUUCCGGAGGGGAAUGGUACAUCUGGAUUCCAGCAGCCGCGGCUCGGCGCCAGAUCCCAGACUGUAGAGAUUUUGGCGGGGGAGGGGAGAGCGCGAAGGAGCGAGCGACAGAGAGAGCGCGCAGCGCGCACGGACCGGGGCUGCCGGGUUCCGCGCGGAGAAGAUGUAAGCGCGUGGAGUCGAGCUGGUCUCCGAGCACCAUGCAGAAGGGGAUCCGGCUGAACGAUGGCCACGUCGCGUCCCUGGGGCUGCUGGCGCGCAAGGACGGAACGCGCAAAGGCUACCUGAGCAAGCGGAGUUCGGACAACACAAAAUGGCAAACCAAGUGGUUCGCGCUGCUGCAGAACCUGCUCUUCUACUUCGAGAGCGACUCGAGCUCGCGGCCCUCAGGGCUCUACCUGCUGGAGGGCUGCGUCUGCGACCGCGCGCCCUCCCCCAAACCUACGCUCUCGGCCAAGGAGCCGCUGGAGAAACAGCACUAUUUCACAGUUAACUUCAGCCACGAGAACCAGAAAGCCUUGGAGCUGAGGACAGAGGACGCCAAGGACUGUGAUGAGUGGGUGGCGGCCAUCGCUCACGCCAGCUACCGGACCCUGGCCACGGAGCACGAGGCACUGAUGCAAAAAUACCUGCACCUGCUGCAGAUCGUGGAGACUGAGAAGACGGUGGCCAAGCAGCUGCGGCAGCAGAUUGAGGACGGGGAGGUGGAGAUCGAGCGACUGAAGGCAGAGAUCGCAUCUCUGCUCAAGGACAAUGAGCGCAUCCAGUCCACCCAGACCGUCACCCCCAACGACGAAGACAGUGACAUCAAAAAAAUCAAGAAGGUGCAGAGCUUCCUGCGGGGCUGGCUGUGCCGGCGCAAGUGGAAGACCAUCAUCCAGGACUACAUCCGGUCGCCGCACGCGGACAGCAUGCGCAAAAGGAACCAGGUUGUGUUCAGCAUGCUGGAGGCCGAGGCCGAGUACGUGCAGCAGCUGCACAUCCUGGUGAACAACUUCCUGCGCCCGCUGCGGAUGGCCGCCAGCUCCAAGAAGCCCCCCAUCACGCACGACGACGUCAGCAGCAUCUUCCUGAACAGGUGCGUGCUCAUCACACCCUGGGUCUUGGAACACACUGCCCCCACCCACUUCUGCGCUAUUGAGAACUUUCUGUUGUGGGUGAGCCCAGACUCCCCUCUUGCUGGCGAAGUGCCUCCCCUCUUUCUGGCCGACCUGUUCGACAUCCUGCUGCCCAUGCUCAACAUCUACCAGGAGUUCGUGCGCAACCACCAGUACAGCCUGCAGAUCCUGGCGCACUGCAAGCAGAACCGUGACUUCGACAAGCUACUCAAGCACUAUGAGGCCAAGCCCGACUGCGAGGAGAGGACGCUGGAGACCUUCCUCACCUACCCCAUGUUCCAGAUCCCCAGAUACAUCCUGACACUGCACGAGCUCCUGGCACACACCCCUCAUGAGCACGUGGAGCGCAACAGCCUGGACUAUGCCAAGUCCAAACUGGAAGAGCUGUCCAGGAUAAUGCACGAUGAAGUCAGUGAGACCGAGAACAUCCGGAAAAACCUGGCCAUUGAACGCAUGAUCAUUGAAGGCUGCGAGAUCCUUCUGGACACCAGCCAGACCUUUGUGAGACAAGGUUCCCUCAUCCAGGUGCCCAUGUCCGAGAAGGGCAAGAUCACCAGGGGGCGCCUGGGGUCCCUGUCCCUGAAGAAGGAGGGCGAGAGGCAGUGCUUCCUGUUUUCUAAGCACCUGAUCAUCUGCACCAGAGGCUCUGGCGGAAAGCUUCACCUAACUAAGAGCACNGGAGUCAUAUCCCUCAUUGACUGCACCUUGCUGGAGGAGCCGGAGAGCACAGAGGAAGAAGCCAAAGGGUCUGGCCAAGAUGUAGACCACUUGGAUUUCAAGAUCGGGGUGGAGCCAAAGGAUUCACCACCCUUCACGGUCAUCCUCGUGGCCUCGUCCAGACAGGAGAAGGCGGCAUGGACUAGUGACAUCAGCCAGUGUGUGGAUAACAUCCGGUGCAACGGGCUGAUGAUGAACGCCUUUGAGGAAAACUCCAAGGUCACGGUGCCACAGAUGAUCAAGUCCGACGCUUCCUUGUAUUGUGAUGACGUGGACAUUCGCUUCAGCAAAACCAUGAACUCCUGCAAAGUGCUGCAGAUCCGGUACGCCAGCGUGGAGCGGCUACUGGAGCGACUGACCGACCUGCGCUUCCUGAGCAUCGACUUCCUCAACACCUUCCUGCACUCUUACCGCGUCUUCACCACCGCCGUUGUGGUCCUGGACAAGCUCAUCACCAUCUACAGGAAGCCCAUCAGUGCCAUCCCCGCCAGGUCACUGGAGCUCUUGUUCGCCAGUGGCCAGAACAACAAGCUCCUGUACGGGGACCCCCCCAAGUCCCCGCGUGCCACCCGCAAGUUCUCCUCACCACCGCCCCUGUCCAUCACCAAGACGUCAUCGCCCAGCCGCCGGCGGAAGCUCUCCCUCAACAUCCCCAUCAUCACAGGCGGCAAGGCCCUGGAUCUGGCUGCGCUCAGCUGUAGCUCCAACGGCUACACCAGCAUGUACUCGGCCAUGUCACCCUUUGGUAAAGCUACUCUGGACCCCAGCAAGCUCUACGUGUCCAGCAGCUUCGCCAACAAGAUCCCAGAUGAGGGUGACACUGCCACCGAGAAGUCCGAAGAGCCCUCUGCCCUCAGCAAGCAGAGCUCAGAAGUCUCCAUGAGGGAAGAGUCAGACAAUGAUCAAAACCAGAGUGACGAUGGUGACGCUGAGACAUCCCCCACCAAAUCUCCAACAACACCAAAAUCGGUCAAAAGCAAAAACUCCUCAGAGUUCCCCCUCUUCUCCUACAAUAAUGGAGUGGUCAUGACCUCCUGUCGUGAGCUGGACAGUAACCGCAGCGCCCUGUCAGCAGCCUCUGCCUUCGCAAUAGCAACUGCGGGUGCCAACGAGGGCACCCCGAACAAGGAGAAGUACCGGAGGAUGUCCUUGGCCAGUGCAGGCUUCCCCCCCGACCAGAGAAACGGAGACAAGGAAUUUGUGAUUCGCAGAGCAGCCACCAACCGCGUCCUGAACGUGCUCCGACACUGGGUGUCCAAGCAUUCUCAGGACUUUGAGACCAACGACGAGCUCAAAUGCAAGGUCAUCAGCUUCCUGGAGGAGGUCAUGCAUGACCCAGAGCUCCUGACCCAGGAGCGGAAGGCUGCGGCCAAUAUCAUCAGGACUCUGACCCAGGAUGACCCGGGUGACAACCAGAUCACACUGGAGGAGAUCACACAGAUGGCUGAAGGCGUGAAGGCCGAGCCCUUUGAAAACCACUCAGCCCUGGAGAUUGCGGAGCAACUGACCCUGCUGGACCACCUCGUCUUCAAGAAGAUCCCUUAUGAGGAGUUCUUCGGACAAGGGUGGAUGAAAUUGGAAAAGAAUGAGAGGACCCCUUAUAUCAUGAAAACCACUAAGCAUUUCAAUGAUAUCAGUAACUUGAUUGCUUCAGAAAUCGUCCGCAACGAGGACAUCAAUGCGAGGGUGAGCACGAUCGAGAAGUGGGUGGCCGUGGCCGACAUAUGCCGAUGCUUACACAACUACAAUGCUGUUUUGGAGAUCACCUCAUCCAUGAACCGGAGCGCAAUCUUCCGGCUGAAAAAGACUUGGCUUAAAGUCUCUAAGCAGACUAAAGCUUUGAUUGACAAGCUCCAAAAGCUUGUGUCAUCAGAGGGCAGAUUUAAGAAUCUGAGAGAAGCUCUGAAAAAUUGCGACCCGCCCUGUGUCCCUUACCUGGGGAUGUACCUCACUGACCUGGCCUUCAUCGAAGAGGGUACGCCCAACUACACGGAGGACGGCCUGGUCAACUUCUCCAAGAUGAGAAUGAUAUCUCACAUCAUCCGAGAGAUCCGCCAGUUUCAACAAACUGCCUACAAGAUCGAGCACCAAGCAAAGGUAACGCAGUAUUUACUGGACCAAUCUUUUGUAAUGGAUGAAGAAAGCCUCUACGAGUCUUCUCUCCGAAUAGAACCAAAACUCCCCACCUGAAGCUGGUACACAGCCCAGAUCCAGCCGCUCCCAUGGACACGUGCUAUAUGAUACUGUACAUAGUCGUUUGGUUUCUCUGGGUUUUCUUCUUUAGUAUGUGCUUCUCCAAGAAACAAAUCCGUUCUUGUUCUUAGAUUACCAUAGAACCAGAAUAUGAAUUUCUGCACCGUUUAAGACUUGGUCUGCCCGCCCCACCCCUCGUCUCCUGCAGUGCCUGGUUCUUUUCAUCAACCAUCCUUUCAGUCUGUCCUUCCCAGCCCGUUACUCUUCUCCAAAGGGAAAACAGACCCCGCGCAUACACAACUCUUAGGCACCUGUCCUGCUUCUGUCUGCCCCCAGCCCAGGCCUCUGGGCUGAGUUGGCCAGGCAA